CGAUUAUUUAAGUAUUCAAUGAAUUAAUUUAUUCAAAAUUCUUACGUGUAUUAAAUUUUUUCUCUGGAAUUUAAUCAUGUGUAAUUAAUUAGUUUUGCUAAAGUGUAAAAUAAAUUAAAAUUAUGAUUAUAUACUCUUUAGAAAAUGGAAUGUAUUUGGGGAUAUCAUAUUUUCAACAUGUUAAAAAUGUUAAGUGGUUGAAAAAUAAUAUUUCUAAAUAUUUUAAAAAUCGAUCUCCCGUUUUAAUUCGUCGUUCGCUAAUUGUUGAUCCAUUUCAAAUUGUAGUUGCUGUAAACAAUGCUUGCCUAACGUAUGAUAAUUGCAAUAUGGUUACAAAAACCUUGGCCACAGAAAUCUUAUUCAACUUAUCUUCAACUAAAAAUAUUAGUCAAUCAUUAAAUGAUUGUAGUGCAGCUAAUGAAGACGACGAAUUUAUUAUUGCAAUUGUUUCUGAAUUGAAUGAUGUCGCGGAAAUGAAAAUAUUUAGUGAAAAAUGUUUAGAUGGCCAAGAAAUAAAUUCAUCAAAUAUCACAAAAAAUGUUAAUACAAAUUUUGUCCAAAGUUAUUAUAAUAUUAAUGAAGAAGAAAUUAAGAAUUGUAAUUUACUUGAUUCAAUUAUUAGUAGAAUAGCCUGUAAAUAUAUAAUAUAAAAUGUAAACUUUUUUACCAAUUCUUUAGUUUUUAUGUACACUCGUUUUUUUUGUUCAAUUCUUGUAAGUCAUACUGAUUAUUAAAGAAAUA